AGGGGUGAAGAACAAUUUCAGAGCUAGGUAGCUCGGUUGAACACAAAAGAUCAAGCUUCAACAAUGAAUCUUUAUGCCAUACUCGUGUGGAUUGCUCUUCUGAUAUGUCUUCCUCUGCUGCUGCUCAUGAAAAAGAAGCAUGCAGCUCAAAGGCAAAACAAGCAGCUGCAUCCACCACCAAGCCCUCCAAAGCUUCCCAUUAUAGGUAACUUGCAUCAACUUGGUGAAUUGCGUCACCAAUCUCUCCGGAGACUCUCCAAAAAGUAUGGCCCUGUUAUGCUGAUUCAUCUCGGCCGGAUCCCAAAUAUUGUCGUAUCUUCCGCUGAGGCUGCCCGAGAGGUCUUAAAAGUUCAUGAUCUUGACUGUUGCAGCAGACCGCCCUUAGACACCACCAGAAGACUCACAUACAAUUAUCGAGACAUAGCUUUUGGACCUUAUGGCCAAUAUUGGAGAGAGAUAAGGAAAAUAUGUGUUCUUGAGGUUUUUAGUGUGAAGAGGGUGCAGUCAUAUCGAUCCAUUAGGGUAGAAGAAGUGGAUAUGCUUAUCAAGUCAAUAUGGAAAUCUUCUUCUUCGGCAACUUUUGUUGAUCUGUCUGAGAAGCUGUUUGGUCUCACUGCAAAUGUGACUUUUAGAAUUGCUUUUGGUAAGAGUUUCCGUGGGAGUGAUUUAGAUAAUGAAAGGUUUCAAGAAGUUGUUCAUGAUGCUGAAGCCAUGAUGGGAAGCUUCAAUGCAUCUGAGUACGUUCCAUACGUGGGGUGGAUUGUGGACAGGCUCUCUGGUAGACUUGAAAAGCUGGAAAGGAUUUUCCAUGAGUUGGAUGAUUUUUUCCAACAGGUGAUUGAUCUUCAUCUCGAGCCCGACAGAACAAAACCAGAGCAUGAAGACAUUAUUGAUGUGCUGUUGAAAAUAGAGAGGGAGCAAACCGAGGCUGAUGCUACUCACUUCUCUAAAGAAAACAUUAAGGCAGUCCUCUUGAAUCUCUUCUUAGGUGGAGUCGACACUGGUGCAAUUACCAUGAUAUGGGCAAUGGCAGAGCUUGUUAGGAGCCCAAAAGUGAUGAAGAGAGCACAAGAUGAAGUCAGAAAAAUCGCUGGAAACAAAGGAAGAGUCACUGAAAUUGACACGGAUCACCUUCCUUACCUCAAGAUGAUAAUGAAAGAAACUUUUAGGUUGCACCCUCCAGCCCCUCUGCUUCUCCCAAGACAAGCCAUGGUACCCUUCAAGCUCAACGGUCAUGACAUUAACCCUCAAUCAGUCAUACAAGUCAACGCUUGGGCAAUAGGACGAGAUCCCCAAUACUGGAAGAACCCAGAAGAGUUCAUCCCAGAAAGGUUCCUCGAUAGUUCCGUUGAUUAUAAAGGGCAAAACUUUGAGUUCUUGCCAUUCGGAGCUGGCCGAAGAGGUUGUCCUGGGAUAUAUAUGGCAACAUCAACCAUUGAGCUUGCACUGGCGAAUCUCUUGUAUUGUUUCGAUUGGAAAUUGCCACCAGGGAUGAAGGAGGAAGAUAUUAACAUGGAAGAGUCGCUUGGUCUUAGCCUUACUACCAGCAAGAAAACAGCUCUUAAUCUUGUGCCAGUCAAGUUGUUUUAGUGGCAAGUUGGCAAUCAGAUGAUGACAUGAACUCGAAAGCAAUCAUGAAUAUCUUCUCGGGAAUAUCUACUUUCCUGUAAUAUAUACUGCAGCGAAAUAAAUGGCGGUUAAUUAGUCUAUA